ACGCCAUCUGGAGUCUCGAGAGUUCGGUGAUUAAACAUUAAUGGGCAUGUCCACUCGAGUCUCUCUCUAGUUUGUUUAUGAAAUGUCGGAGCUGUGUAUAUUUUCGCGAUGCAAUUUGUUAUCGGCGGACUGGAAAUGAUUAAUUGCUAUUUAUGAAUGUAACUCGAAUGCAUAAUAUACACUUCGUGUCGCAACCCUAUACCUCGUUACGUAGGUACGCGCUACUGGAAAUUUAACCUAACGUAACCUAACCGGUAUGGCGCGGGCUGCUUCUCCGUAAACAAACGUUAACGACGGGACGCUUUACAAAUAUCUGGUCGCUAAAUAUAUCGUGGUAGUUGCUUUAUAAUUCAAUACCGGUGGCAGACGACUGUUUAGAUGGAUAAUGAGUGAAUCCGAUGACACGGAUGUUCUGCUCCUGAUCCCGCCCGAUAUAUUCCACGUAUCGUCUUCCGAUUCGGACUCGUGCUCGAGCAAUCACGCCAAAACGGAUUGCGGGAAGACCGGCGUUAUCUCAGAGCUGGUGGGGCAUAUGCAAUCGCUGGAGUCCCGCGUCUCUGCAAUCGAAUUCAGAGAUAGUAGCCUAGACGUCUCCGCGCCGAACAGUCUGCUUAACGACUCUCAGCCGGUCCACGGCGGUUGUACGCCUUAUCAACGGCAAACUCUACCCAGAACUAGGCUCUCCGUAAGUCAAGGCGCCAGCUUGCAAAAUACUCCCGUGAAGCCGCGUAAAUCUCUGUCCGUUCCUUCCACUCCGAAUGGACAUUCGUCGCAGAGCUGUACUAACUUCCUGAAGAAUGACGUGAGGUCUGGAUGUAAUCCUUCGACAGCUGCUACCCCUAAUUUGACUAAUAAUACUAACUCUUUUGCUCGGAUCAAGCAUGAUGCUUUAACUUCAUAUUCUGACUCCUUUGUGGUACCUCCUGCUUCCUGUGGUACUGGGUUCUCGCAUGCAACUGUUAUGUCCAUGAAGAAGGACUCUAACUUGUCUCUUCGAUCAAAUGAUUGUUGUAUGAGUAACUUAUAUUGUAAACCCUACAAUUCCUCAUGUUUGACAGUACCUGCGUCAAAUUCAUCUAAUGCAUCGAUAGGUCAGCUGCUGCAAACUCACCCUAGAAUAGUACAGGAAAUGGAACUGUCGGAGGUUGAUGAAUUGCUCCAAGAAAUGGAAGCUACUGAAUUAGAAUUGUCAAGGAGGAUAAAUAAUACCAGUGGAUACCAAUAUCGCAAUGAGCUUCUGCACCCAAUAUUAUCGACUAAAACUGUCGACAAUGCAAGCAGUCCAGAAAAGGAGGUGCAACAUAAGCUUAAUGCGCAUCGAAAAUUAGAUUUUCAAUCAUGGAAGAACAAAGAUACCGAACUCACUGAUACUUCAUCAGCCUUUUCUCAAAAGAAGACAAACAAAACAUUCCCCAAUAUAUCAUUGCCGUACAAUGAUUCAUUCCACCUAAAUGAAACUGACAAGAUGAUUUCUGAAUUUAAGACUUGGGAACAAAACGCUCAGCCUGUUAUAAAAUCAAAUGGGUUUACGAUAGAAAAUAUAAAAAAUGUAGAUCACUUAUUUAAUUUAUCAGCCACGAUUGACAAUAUUAAGCCAAAAAAAUCAACGCCAGAAUCAAACGUUUUAAUAACAGAUGAAACAAAUUCAAGCUGUGCCUAUACUCAAUCAAAAUCUUCCAUUAUGAAUACAGGUCCUAUAUCACAUAUUAAUGAAUCGACUAAGGUUUCUGAUAUGAACCCUUUAAAAACUGUACAACAUAGUAACACAGAACCUUUAGAUCUUUAUAAAAUAUCUCAACAUAACGAAAAUUUAUACGAUAAAGAAAAAUCUGAUUUUGGAAAAAGUAUUGCACAUGUUGGAACAAAUACGGAUCUUUAUUUAAGAAAGUGUCAACGACUUUUAUCACUUUCGGAUUUCUGGGAUUCUAAUCCAAUCAGAUCACAAGAAGAAACGCUGAGGAUCAAGAUAGAAGAAGAGAAAUUCCGCAGAGAGCAUUGUGAACAUCUGAUUCAAGAACUUCAAAAACGUUUGCUAGAACAACAAGAAAAAGUAGCGGUAGCGGUUAGAGUCGAUAAUGAAAAAAAUGUUUUGAUAUCUCAAUUUCAUACAUCUUGGUCUAAAUUAAAGCAACAAGUCGAAAUAUUAAAAGUUGAACACAGAAAUUCACAGACCAAUUUGCAAAAUAUCAUAGAAAAACACCAGUCUGAGAUUUCAGAAUUUCAAACUCAAGUCAAACGGCUCGAGGGAGAAUUAUCGAAAGCUUUAGACUUGGCAGCUGGAUAUAAAGAAAAGAGUGAUACCAUGAUCAAAGAGAAAGUUGAUUUGCUGAAAACUCAUGCAGAUGAAUUAGAAAGUUAUAAAUCACUGGUUCAAGAAGCAGAAAAUCGAUAUGAACAAAUGAAAAUAGAAUUUAACAAGCUUUUAGAGAAGAAUCAACAAAGUGAAGAAACAUUGAGAAUCGUCCAAUCGGAAUUGAAUAAAGAACGUUUGAGAGGGGGUGAGGUGCGAAGUGAGAUGGGUGUUAUUCAUAAAGCAUUAGAUGCUUGUGAAGCUGAAUUAACAGUGCUAAAACAAGAAAAAGAGAAUUUACAGCUUAAACUCAAAGAAGAGAUAAAUAGAAAUUCCAUCUUAGAACAGAAGAAUUCAUCUUUGCUUGUAUCUAUUGACAAUGCUAAGAAAGCUGAGGUAAUAUAUUACAUUGAACUAUAUUUGUCACAAUUAUCAAAAGUUUUCAAUCACGUAUUUCAUUUGCAUUUAUUAUUGUUUCAGAAAUUAGCUAAAGACGAAACCAAAUCUAUUGCAGAGCAAAGGGAAAAGAUCAGAGCCGAAUUACAAGAGGUUUAUCAGAAACAGGUUGACGAAGUGGUAAAAGCAAAAUUGCAAGAAUUUCAAAUGCAGCUUGACAAUGCCGAGUCAGAAUUUUUAGAAGAAUUGAAAAGAAGACAACAAGUUAUAGCUGAAUGUGCUGCUAGGAAAAUAAAGGAUAUUAUCGAUAAACACCGUUUGGAGAUAAACUUGUUAGAGGAAAAACAUAAAGAGGAGAAACGAUUAUGCGAAUUGCAAUUAGCUGAAGCUUUACAGAAAUCGUCUAUAUUAGAAACACACUUGAAUUCUCAACGUGCAACAAAAUCUCAACUUGCGGAACAAUUACAUUCCGUUAUGCAAAAGCAAUGGCAACAGGCAUUGCAUAUUAUAUCAGGCAGUAAUGUAGAUAAUAUUUCUCCAAUUCAGAGAAUCCACGCAGACAAAUAUUUUGAUUUUAAGGGUCCUAAAAAAUCUGAAUCUAUGCCAAAUUGUUACACCAAACUUUCUCGGGAAUUAAUGAAACGUGUAGUUCAGCCGUUAGAGGCACAUAAUUUGAUCAAUGUCCAACCUCUUGAAGAUCAAAACGAUAGUGUGAUAACAACAAAUUCUAUCGAAAAUAUGCCCUUGACUAAUAGAAAUGAAUCAAAGGAUGAUCUCCGAAAAUAUGUAAAAAUGAUCGCAGAAAUGCAACUAGCAAAGGAGGAUAAAGAUUCAAAACCUAAAAGCAGUAUUUCGAGUCCACCAUUGGAAUGCAGAGAAGUACCGAAAAAACAUUAUUUAAAAAAGGAAUUGAGUACAAUGAGUGAAGAUAGCGUCACGUGGCAACCAAGUUCUGAGACUGUGCACGAUAUUAGCGAACAUAUACCUCUUCCACAAAAAAUGCUUACAAAAAUAGAUCAGAAGAGUAAGCCUCCUUGGAAAUGACGUAUAGCAUAUGACGAUAACGAUACUGAAGGCGUGGACGAGCUUGAUCGUGGUAACUCAAUUUAGUACAGUGUACUUAAUUAGCAGUAAUAAGUUUUGUAUGGAACAAAUAUCAAUAUAUAUUUUUUUUUAUUGAAACGAAAAUUGAUUAAAAAUAAUUUUUUCAUA